CGGUGUUUCUCUUCGGAAACGGGACGCCAAGCCGGAAGAGAAUGGCGACGGCCGCUCUGAAGAGAUUUUGGUCCCGAAACCGAGAAGAGUCUGGUGGCCCAGCGGCCGCGAAGCCAGGCGUGUGGACGCGGUUGGGCUCCUGGGCCCGCGUGCUGCUCCGGGACUACGCCGAGGCCUGCCGGGACGCGGCGGCGGCGGCGCGGGCUCGACCCUGGCGGGCGGCCGUGUAUACGGGGCUGCUGGGCGGCGCGGCGGCCUGCUGUGCGCUGGCGCCGAGCGAGGCGGCCUUCGAGGAGGCGCUGCUGGAUGCGUCGGGGACCCUUCUGCUGCUGGCCCCGGCCACGCGCAACCGCGCCUCCGAGGACUACGUGCAGCGGCUGCUGUGGCUGCGGGGUCGCGGCCGCCUCCGCCACGUGAACCUGGGCCUCUGCGCGCUGGUGUACGAGGCGCCCGUGGACGCCGAGGCCAGCCUCUACCAGGCCCGCUGCCGCUACCUGCAGCCCCGCUGGACCGACUUCCCGGACCGAAUCCUGGACUUGGGCUUCGUGGGCCGCUGGUGGGUGCUGGCCGCCCGGAUGCGCGACUGCGACAUCAACGACGAGGAGUUCCGGCACCUGCCGGCUCAUCUGCGCGUCGUCGGGCCGCAUCAGCUGCAUUCCGAGACCAACGAGCGGCUCUUUGACGAGAAGUACAAGCCUGUCGUGCUCACCGACGAUCAGGUGGACCAGGCGCUGUGGGAGGAGCAGGUCUUGCAGAAGGAGAAGAAAGACAAACUCGCCCUGAGUCAGGCCGACUCCCUGGUGCGGUCGGAGGUCCCCAGAUGAGACCGAGGCCUGGGUGCAGACCGGGCCCAAGCCCUGGCGCGGAUGGUGCAGUGGGUGCAAGCGAGCAUCAGAUGCAGAGUGACUUAAAUAAAUUAUGUGCAGAAUAUUUCACAGCC